GGGUUCUCUCCUUCCGUCGAGAAUCUCUCUGGCCCCGUUAAGCAGUUGCUGCACGCAACGGUUGCUCGGGGAAACAUGGCCACGGCUGGAGACUCGAGGGUCGAACUGCAGAAGGAAUUAGUGUGCUCAAUUUGCCUCGAUUAUUUCGACGAUCCUGUGAUUUUAAAAUGCGGCCACAAUUUUUGCCGCAUGUGCAUUUUGAUGCACUGGGAGGAAAAUGGAGGCGACGAUGUGGGUUACCAGUGUCCGGAGUGCAGGAUGGUGUUCUCCAAAAUGAGUUUUACCAAGAACUACUUGGUGAAGAACUUGGUGGAUAAACUGAGCGACUUCGAUUAUCUGAAGACGUGUAGGCCCUCUGCUCCCGCGAAACCGGUGAAAAUGGACGGAAAAUGUGAGCGACACCACGAGGAACUCAAACUGUACUGCCACACGGACAGAAAGCCCAUCUGCGUGGUCUGCAGAGAGUCCAGAACCCACAGACACCAUGAUGUUGCUCCUGUUCCAGAGGUUGUUGAAGACAUGAAGAGUGAGCUCAAGCUAAGGCUCAUCAAGCUCAAUUGGCAGAAGUCCAUGUGUGCCAGAGUAAAGAGCACUGAGGAGCAGGCCAAAGCCGACGUUAAGCUCAAGAAACAAGCCCUGAAGGAGAAGAUUGAGGAAGAUGUUGGUGCCCUGGUUCAGUUUCUGUUGGAUGAGAAAGAUGAUCUCUUGGAACGGUUGGAGUUUGAAGCAGUGGCCACUAUUGGGCUUAUCGAUGGGAACCUGAAGCUUGUGGAGAGCGAAGCAGCUAAAGUGGACAAAGCCAUUACUGGAAUUCAAAACCAACUGAGUGACAGCGUUAACUUUGAGAGUAUUAGUAAUUCAUACACGAGCCCCUGCCACGUCAACGUCAGUGUUCAAGUGUCUAACUGCCCUCCAGAUUACUCCGAGUUCACAGGCCCCUUUCAGCUCAUCAUGUGGAAGAAAAUGAUGCAUGUAUUACACACAAUGCCUCAGAAUCUGACUCUAGAUUUAGACACCGCCCACCCCUCCUUGGUCAUCAGCGACUUCGACACAAAAGUAGAGGAGGGCCGUGUUCGGUCCCAGGAGCCCGACAUGCCGCAGCGUUUCACACGUUUCUUUGGGGUGCUUGCCACUGCCCAGUAUUCCAGCGGGCAGCACUACUGGGAGGUGGACGUACGGGACAAGGGGGUCUGGUAUCUGGGCGUCACCACUGAGUACAGCAACCGCAAAGGUUUCGUUAACCUCUCGCCCUCAGCCGGCUACUGGAGCUUGUGUCUCCAAGACCGACUGUACGCCAAUGAGGAGGACUCCCGUGUGCCCGUAGCAGACUAUUGGAACUCCCCGCGUGUUGGAGUCUUUCUGGAUUACGACAGGGGUCAUGUUACUUUCUUCGACGCCGUCACUAUGAAACGCAUCUAUAACUUUGUUACGUACUUUGACGAGCCUGUGUCACCUUUCUUUAGCCCUGGCAAAAACGACCCAGGCAGCCGACUACAGAUAUGUCAUUUCUACUGAACAUCGUAGGAAGCAGCAAGGAAAAAAAAAAAAAAGUACUCCUGAUGUUGCUUCUAUCCCAAGUAAAAAUUUCAGGGCAUUUUUCUCCUGAAAGUAGGGAGGGAGUGGAUUGUUAAAGCUUCUUAAAAUCUUUGGAUUCAGUUAAUCUGAAUUAAGAACCAGUGUAGAGCUUUGAUACACCAUAAUCCGAAGGAGUGAAUUUCUCUUACUCUUGAAUUAUGAUGUAGCCCCACUGAAAUUCAGGUAGAGGCAUUACAGGUUUUCACAUUAAUGUCAACUUUAGCUGCUCUGUGUAGUAUCUAGUCUUUGACCUCAGUGUUGUCUGUUGUACAUCAAUAUACAGGUGAAAAUAAGGCUUGAACUCUUGACUGUCAGGUCAAAAAAAUGUAUCAACAGUUGAUAUGAACUGAAUUUAAAUCCACAGAGAAAUCAGCAAGUGAUAAAAUUUGCUGUUUAACAAAAACAGCUUUUUCUGAUCACUAUGUAUCCCAUUAUAUGGCAUAUAUUCAGACAUUUGUUUUUCUUUGUUAUUGAACCUUAUUUUAUUCAUCUGUAAUUUUAAGGGAUACGGUAUAUUUGUUAGACAAAUUACCCCAUCAUGAUGUAUGUAAUGAGUUACAUAAAAGGUUUUACGUUGUAAGAACACAUCCUAAUAUCUAAAUAGCUCAGAUUACAAUAGGUGCUAUGCAACUUUUAAGUACGUGUGGCGAGUUUUUGGCAACAAAGUUGGUCAGAUAUCCUGUGAGGAAUAUCCUUAUAUUCAUACUAAAAUUAAUCUCUACAUAAUUAAAAGUGAGUCCUAAAGCUGUGUGCCAUUCAUGUUACAUUGUUGUCAUUUUAUAAACAAUUUUCAUUGUCUUUUAUAUUACAUUAUUUAAAUGUUUUACUUUCAUUACAAAAAUAUGUUGGCUAAGUGAUGAGGAUAGAUACUGGUUUUUACAUGUCCACUGGAAUAAGCACAAAGAAUCAGUCACGGUCUUGCACCUUUUGACUGGAGCUCAGAUGUGUUGUUUUUCAUGGCACGUUAAUAUUUAAAGAACUACUGCUAUAAUUAUUUGAUGGACCAAAAUGUUUAUGAGAAGAACACCAGAAGAGACUCCUAGAUAUAAUGAUUUUAUGUACAUAUCUUACAACCAUUUGCUCUACAAUGAUCAGUUUUCCAGCUCUGAUACACUCACAAUACAAUCUGUGAUGUUCACUUUCUUUUGUCUAACUCUAUGGUGAUUUCUAUGAUCUAAGCUUUAACUUUUAGAGUACUUUUAUUAAUCAUUGUCUGCUUUCUAAUGUGUUCAACUGGAAAACAUUGCGUAAUCUCUGUAUGUGUAAUGUGAUUUUACUUUUUAUCACUGAUGCAAGAACGGUUACAUCACCAUUGAACUUAACUGCUGGAUGCCACCAUGUGUACAUUUUAUUUGUGUUUGACUUGUUUAAACCACUGCAAUAUGUAUGUUUUUUUUCCUCCGCAGUAAUAAAGACGUUUGGAAAAUAAAAUCUGAAA